CAUGCGCCAUGGGUGCUGCCCCCGCGGAGGGUAGCUGGACAUGCGCUACUUGUGGCACUUGCAACUCGCAACUAACGCCCGAUUUCUGCCCUGCCUGUGGAAGCUAUCGUGAUGAUGGCUAUGGCCAUGGUGGUGGUAGUGGUGGGUAUUCAUCUGAUAACAACAGGCAGCAGCGGCAAAGAGAGUCUCUAUCAUCGGGAGGUGCUAGAGGAGCUGAAGGAAUAGAAGAUCCCGAAAAUGGCGACUACUUCAUAAAUGAUGAGUCGAUCUGGUCCGAAGCGGGUAGUAUCACCACAGCAACCUCUCUUCCACCGGGUGAAGCGAAUGAUAUGGUUUUGCAAGAGUUGGUAACCCUGCUAUGGGGUAAUCAAUCGGUGCAUAACCUGUUCAUCCGAGCUCUCGAGGGCAACAGAGUGAGCGCAGAUCAACUCGAGCGAAAGUUCCGACGCCUUCUCAAGCGAAUGGCAUCCUCCCUGCGAGAUGAAGCUAAGGAUCUGGAACAACGCCGUGCUUCCAAACUUGUCGCCAUUUCCUCAAGAGCCGUAUCUUCCCUCAUUCGCAAGCGAGCAGAAGACGAAUCGCCCCUCCGCAAUGAGAAAGAAAAGCGAUCUCAACCGGCCAAGAUCCAACUGUCGCCUUUACGGGAUGACAUGCAGAUCUAUGGGAGCAGCUCGGAGGAUGAGACCGAUGAUGAGGAGGAUCAGCCCGUCGGUGAAGAUGAGAGAAAUCAACUAUCCAGAGUGAGAGGUUUCAUCACCCAGAGCUCCGCAUUCACGGCUUUGUGCAAGAAUCUGGAGAGCUUUGUGCAUCCAACCUUAAGGUCAAUGCUUCUGGACUUCAUUGAGCGCCCCAAAAAGGACACCUCAGACCCCGCCCAGCAGACGUGGGUCACGGCAGCCAGGACCUUGGCUACCGAACUCAGGGACGUCGAUCCAUCUCUUAUAUCGAUCUCACGUGAACAUCGGGGAGGACAUGUGAAUGCUCUCAAGAUAAGGGUUGAAGAUUUGACUAGAGAGAAGUGGAACUGGUGGCCACUGAGUCCGGCAUGGCGCCCCACUGGAAAAGAUGAAAUGCGGAUCAGAUGGACCUGUAUCUGCGGUGAGAAGAGAUGGAUAGACGCUCCGGACUCCUUAGCCGGCGCUUUAAAUCAACUAGGAAUUCACUUGGCUUCAACCGGUGGAGGUGGGCAAAGGUCAAAUACAUCCUCAGUCCAAACAUUGGCCUUUCAUGGACCCCAAAGCCAUAUUCAACCGACUACAGGAUCAGCAAGUCAACCUGUACCGCACUUCGAUCAGCAAUCAUGGCAACUUCAGGAUGUGCUGUCUCCCAUUGCCAAUACCGACCUGGUAGAUCAAAACCUCCAUAGCUGGAUCCUGUUUGUCGUACCAACCGGCGGGGAUUAUCGUCUCGCCCAGAUUAAUGUGCGUGGAGAUAGCAGCAGCAGUUUCUUCACUACCUUAAAGUCCGAAUACUUCCGACUCCGAGGCUUUUUCGUCCGUUAUCUCAGCGUCUGGUGCUUUGAUCAUUGCGACUUUUACAAGUUCGAGAAGUUCGACGAGCUUUCAAUAGCGCCCAAAAGGAAGGAUCAGUACCCGGAUCCGCACAACUCAGAAUACGACUAUUGUCCAAAGCCAUUGCUGGAGAUGCCGCCCGUUACACCGCACGAGUUCCACAAGCGAUUUUAUUCUUGCACUUCAAGUGUGUUCCACUUUCGCUGUUAUAGGAACUGUCAAUGCGCAAUGCUUAGGAAGAAGGCUCACAAUCGGGAGGUACUGGAUGUACUUCCUAAGAGACGGGUGCGAUUGGACGAACGCAGUGAGUUGCGGGAGCCUUUUUGGGGCCUGUUUGCCCGCCACGAGAUCCACUUCUGGCGGAUACUAGCAUAUAACGUGCUUUGUAUUACACCGCUAGUGUGGUUCUUCUUUAUGUGGCUGUAUUCUUGGGGACAUGAGGGCGACUUACAGGAUGCCUCGGUUCCUCUGAUGGUAAUGCUGGCUUUGCUUUCCAUUUUUUGGACCACGUUUAUCGCGAGCUUAAAGUCUGAUAGAGCCAUGGAGAUGAGGUGAGAUGCCUCACAAUACUCGAGGGGCAUUGUCUGCUUUUACUUUCAGGGAACCUUUUCCAAACUUUCGCUCUAGUAACGCCGACUCCCUUUAGACUCCCAAUUUUAUGCCAUCUUUCUAUUCAUAAA